AUGGAUAAGACACCAGUCUUGGGCCAAAAGCCCACUGCAGACAAAGUGGUAAACGGAUCCACCGCCCAUGCAAAUGGGACCCCUGAAGCAUUCACUUGCAAGGAUGCUCCGGUCGAAAACCAACGUCCUCUCAAAGUCCGCGUGAUUGGCGCUGGGUAUUCAGGCGUCUAUCUCGGCAUCAGAAUCCCCCAGCGUCUGCGCAACAUUGAUCUUAAGAUCUAUGAGAAGAAUGAAGGUGUUGGAGGAACGUGGUGGGAGAACCGAUAUCCAGGCUGUGCCUGCGAUAUCCCAUCUCAUUCCUAUCAGUACACCUUUGCCCCAAACAAGGCUUGGUCAGGGUUUUAUGCUCCAUCACACGAAAUUUGCGCCUACAUUGAUGGCGUGGCUGAGAAGUACGGUGCCAAGCGCUUCAUUCAUCUCGGACACAGAGUAACCAGCGCAACUUGGAACGAUACCGCCAAGAGAUGGCACGUCACAGUUGAGACCAACGCAGGGGAGACCUUCUCCGAGGAAGUAGACGUCGUUAUUGCAGCGAGAGGUAAUCUCAACACCAUCUCUUGGCCUGACAUUCCUGGCCUCGAUACCUUCAAAGGCAAGAAGAUGCACUCGGCAGCUUGGGACCAGGAAUAUGACUUUAAGAACAAGAAUAUUGGUGUCAUCGGCGGCGGUUCGAGUUCGAUACAGAUCGUGCCGGAGUUGCAAAAGGUUGAGGGUGCCAAGUUGAACUGCUUCGUGCGUAGUAAGGUCUGGAUAUCGAACCGCUUUGGCGAUGUGACGAUGAAGCAAUUGGGAUGGGAUCCUUCUGACAUUGAAUUCUCGGCCGCUCGUCUGGCAGAAUUUAUCAAGAGUGACGACGAGUAUCUCCGCUUUCGCAAGCGUAUCGAGGACGACGGCAACUUGGUCCAUCUUUCAACCCUCAAAGGCUCAGACAUGCAGAAAGAGUUUGUGUCUAUGUUCUCAAAGAUCACGAAUGAUGUCCUAGCUUCACGACCUGACCUUCUCGAAUCGUUCUCGCCAACCUUUGGUGUUGGAUGUCGGCGCCUGACACCGGGACCAGGCUAUCUCGAGGCACUGUCCCAGCCCAACGUCAACUUCAUCACGCAGGGCAUCGAGAGCAUCAACGAGAAGGGACUGAAGCUCACAGGACCCGAGGGCCGACAAAUCGAUGUUGACGUACUGGUCUGCGCAACGGGCUUUCAGACAAACUACACCCCGCCUUUCCCCGUCGUCGGCAAACAAGGAAUAACGUUGAAGGAGAAGUUUGAUCCAUUCCCUGCGACGUAUCUGACUAUGACGGUGGAUGGCUUCCCAAACUACUUCAUGAUGCUCGGACCAAACUCAGCCAUCGGCGCCGGCUCCUUGACUUGUCUGCUUGAAGCAGAGGGCGAUUACAUCGUCAAGUGCAUCCGCAAGCUUCAGAAGGAAGAUUACAUAACCAUGGAGCCCAAAGCAUCACGCGUCCAAGACUUUGCAGACUACAUUGGGGAGUAUUUCAAGAAGACUGUCUACAUGGAUGAUUGCAAGUCAUGGUACAAGAUUGGAGGCGGACAUGGCGAUAAGAUCUCUGCUCUGUGGCCGGGAAGUGUCAUGCAUGCACUAGAAGCGUUGAGGGCACCAAGAUGGGAGGACUUUGAGUUUGAAGAGAUGCAUGAGAAUAGACUUAGAUGGUUGGGCAAUGGGUGGAGCAUGUGUAUUAUGGAGGAGGAGGAGCAGGGUGACCCGAGUUGGUACGUCAACCCUGAUGUAGUGGAUGUGCCACCGGAAGGGAAGCCAGAGAGGGAUCCAAAGUACCUGGCAAGGCCAUUCUCUUACUGA